AGUCCGAAAUCAUAAAAAUCGACAAGUCAAACUUGACUUGGCACCACGCUCUUCCAAGUCCCACAUCCCUUCUUCUACUCCCUUUUUGCUCUUCCUCAGCUCUCGUCUCGCUGUGACAUAUGUCUACAGACUCUGGACCGUUAUCUGACGAGGACAGCACCAUGGGCGAUGGUGUCGACCUCAAUGGCCACGCCAAUGGCAUCGGUAACGGUUCCCACUUACCAAUGAGUGACGAUGAAGAUAUGAGUUUGUUGCAGACUGUACCACCUAGGAGAAAUCUGAAACGCAAGAAAUCCAACUAUGCCGAGUCCUCUGACGAGGAUGAUAUUCCUCUCGCGUCUUCUCCUGCUAAACAGCCCACUUCAGCAGCUAUACCGAUGCCUGGUGCCGUCGCAGCCACUACAGUCCCUUCUUCUAAGGCUUCCAAGUCGAAACGUCUUGGUACUAAGAAGGAAGAAUCUGACGAUGACGGCUAUUUGAAGAAACCGCAGAAGAAGAAACCCCGGAAGAAAGUAAAAAAGGAAGAGUCUUCAGAUGACGAUAUACCUAUCGUCGCUCCUAAGUCCUCUGCCCGGAAGCGUAAAGUCAAGCCGGAAAGUGAGGCAGAGUCCUCUGACGAGGACAAGCCCAUCAUUAAAAAGACCUCAGCUAGAAAGACGCCCGCAAAGAAGGCGAAGAAGGAAGAGGAUGUUGAGCAGCCCGCUUCGAAGGUCAAUGGUAAAGCGAAGGCAAGAGAGAUAAACGACGGCGAAGACGAAGGCAAGGGCAAGGGCAAAGGAAAGAAGAAGAAAAAAGAAGAAGAGCAAGAAGAAGAAGUGUAUAGGUGGUGGGAGGCAGAUCCCAACGGCGAUGGCUCUGUCAAAUGGCAGACUCUUGAACAUAACGGUGUCAUCUUUCCUCCUCCAUACGAGUCACUUCCGUCCCAUGUCAAGAUGAAGUACAACGGAAAGGAUGUUCGUCUUCCUCCGGAAUCCGAAGAGGUUGCAGGCUUCUAUGGUGCUUUGAUCGAGUCUGAUCACGCGAAGGACACCGUAUUUAACAAGAACUUCUUCAACGACUGGAAGGAAAUAUUGAAAAAACAUCCUCCUCUGGAUGGCACCAAGAUAACGACGUUUGAGAAGUGCGAUUUCCGUCCCAUGUUCGACUAUUUUGAGUCGGAAAAAGCUAAGAAAAAGGCGUUGAGUGCUUCUGAGAAGAAGGAGCUCAAGAAAGCCAAAGAUGAUAUGGAGCUCAAGUACACUACUUGUCUCCUGGAUGGCCGCAAGGAGAAAGUUGGAAACUUCAGAGUUGAACCUCCGGGGCUAUUCCGAGGUCGCGGUGAACAUCCGAAGAAAGGUUCUCUCAAACUCCGUGUGCGACCCGAAGAUAUUACCCUUAACAUUGGCAAGGAUGCUCCUGUACCUAUUCCGAACAUGCCGGGCAAGUGGAAAUCUAUUCAACACGAUAAUACCGUUACCUGGCUAGCGACAUGGACCGAAAAUAUCAAUCAAAGUCACAAAUAUGUGUUUUUGGCAGCGGGUAGUUCUCUCAAGGGCCAAAGUGAUAUGAUGAAAUUUGAGAAAGCCCGAGAACUUAAGAAUUAUGUCGAUCGCAUACGAGCUAACUACUCUGGCGAUCUACGGUCUAAAGUCAUGGCAGAACGACAACGGGCUACUGCUAUGUACUUCAUAGACAAGCUUGCUCUUCGUGCUGGAAACGAGAAAGGCGAAGAUGAAGCUGACACCGUUGGCUGUUGUUCACUCCGUUGUGAACAUGUUACUCUUGAGUCCCCGAACUUCAUCAUCUUCGAUUUUUUGGGUAAAGACUCCAUUCGUUACUAUAAUCGAGUCGCUGUCGAUGCCCAGAUUUUUAAGAACAUCCGGAUCUUCAAGGAGAACAAGGAAGAUGACGAUAGCUUGUUUGACCGUGUCACGACGGCCUCCCUGAAUAAGCAUCUGAAUUCCGAGAUGAAAGGCCUGACCGCCAAGGUUUUUCGUACCUACAAUGCCUCAGCUACGUUCCAGCGGCUGUUGGACGAAAGCGAUCUUGAGGGCGCAACCUUACAGGAGAAACUGAAUGCUUACAACAAGGCAAAUCGCCUUGUUGCUAUUCUUUGUAACCAUCAGCGUAGUGUACCUAAGACUCACGACCAGUCGAUGGAGAAGAUGCGACAGAAGUAUAAAGGACUUAAAUAUGAUCGUAUGAAACUUCGGCAUGGCUUGUUCGGCAUGGAUUCGAAGUACAAGAAAAUAGACAAGUAUAAGGAAGACGAGUCAGACAUAGAUGAUGACUGGAUUGUAGAGUACGAGGAGCAGAUGAAAUCGAAGGAGAUCGAGAAGGCAGAGAAGAAAUUUGCGAAGGAGAACGAGAAACUGACAGAGGAUGAUCUCAAGCCACAGCUCGAUUCAGUGCUUGAGGCACGCAUACGACAUAUUGAAGAAGAGUUCAAGAGACUUGCCAAAGAACGAGGUAAAACUACUGUGGCGGUGAAGGGUAACAAGACACCCGAGAAACUUAUGGAAGGUAUUGACAAGUUGACUGAGAGGAUUAAGAGCUUCAAAUUGCAGAUGGUGGAUCGUGACGAAGGCAAAGAAGUUGCUCUUGGAACCAGUAAAAUCAACUACCUGGAUCCUCGUAUCACCGCUUCCUGGUGCAAAAUACAUGAUGUACCAAUUGAAAAGCUGUUCUCCAAGACGCUACAGGUCAAAUUUCCUUGGGCUAUGGAAGUUGAUACCGAGUGGAAGUUCUAGAGCUCUGUACUGUUAACCACACAUCAUUCAUUAUUAUUCGGGGAAAGAACAUUGCAGCAUUCAAAUGUUCUUCGUUGGUUACAUUACUUAGAAGCAUGUUUAUGGAUCAUAAAUUCUGUUACUUGUAC